GCUUUACAAGUUCAGUAUUAUCAAAAGAAAAAGAAAAAUAGGAAUAUGCAUAAAGAUACAACUAGUGAAAACGAAGUUGAUCUUUCGAUACAAAAUGAGAUUGAUAAAUUAACGACCGCUUUUAGUAACAUGAAAAUAAAUUGCGUUGAUCAAGCGUCUGUGAAUCGAGAGGAAGUGGAGUCAAUUAUUAAGGAAGUUUUGUUGAUUGUUAGAGCGGAUGUGCGUCUUUUAGUGCUUACCGAGAAACAAGUAGAUAUGGGAUGUGACUAUCUUCAGGUUGAAAUGACUGAUGUUGAUGGGCUUUUCAAUAUAAGGGCUCUGAAAAGGAAGUUGGAUAAUGAUCCAAAACCGCC